UGCCGUUUGUGAGGUUCCGCCACAUUUGAAAAUACAAAGUGCGUGUUCCAUGACCAUUAACUGUAACAGAAGGAACAAGUGACGCUUAAAAUAACGUUAAUCGGUUAUUUACCACAGAAAAAUGGACCAACAUCCCAAACGAAGAGCGUUGGUGUCGUAUAAGAAACAGUUUGAAAGUAAAACCGAUGACCUUUCAAACGGAGUGAAGAUGAAUGAGUACGUCUGUAGCAGGACUCCAACAGGUACACAACCCGCUCGCCCUGUGACGUCACGCGGCGCACAACAGACUCUGCUGAGAGAAGACGAGAGGACCGUAAAAAUACCAAAGUGUUGGGAACCUCUGAAGUGUAAAAACGCCAAAAACAGUGCGUUUCAAAUGGUAAAAAGCGAAAUAACCCCGGGUAAUAAGACGGAUAAUGUCUUUAUGACUCCAUUUUCUUUAUCUCCAUUGACCACCUGUACUAACGCCAGUCAUGUGGUCUCGGUUAACGGAAAGAAAAUGGUCAGAGAUCUUCCUCUAAGCGCGGAAGACAAGCCUCGUUUCACCUCCGUGUGCGCGGAGACGCUCGGCAGCGCGUGCAGCGUCGAAGCGGCUACCGAGUGCGCGAGCCUCAAUCCACCUGAAACAGCUUAUUAUAACACAGCAAAUUGCAGAGAUAAAGCAGGCUACAUUAAGAGGCCCAUGAAUGCCUUCCUGGGUUGGUCGAAGAUACAUCAGCCUAUCUUCACCAAGGCCAACCCAAAUGCCAGCAGUGCACAGAUCAGCAUGCAACUUGAGAUCGAGUGGAACAAACUGAGUGAAGAACAAAAGGCACCUUACUAUGCAAAGUCACAGGGGCCUAAAUGGAAUCACAGACAUCAAUUUCCUGACUGGUUUUAUAAUCCAGGGAAGAGAAAGCGAUUCAACCUAGAAGAGGAACCUUUAUACACCACCUCUAAUGCCUCACCACCUGUAGCCCUGGCAGUGCCUCAGAGACCUGCAUCUCAUGACAUCUAUGUAGCAUCACCUACAAACUCCACCUUGCAAAACUUAGUCUUUCAGACCUGUCCAAUGUCCUCUGGCAAUUUGCACUGUACAAUAUCACAAAGAAGACCUGCUCUAGAACCAAAUGUUAAUAUAGUCAAGGACAAGCCGAGAGGAGCACCGGUCCAUGGCAUGGUGUCAGGACCUAGCAGACAUUUCACUGGCCUUUCCCACUUAUACUCGCAAGUACCACUGGUUCAUGGGGGCAACCAUUUUGCCCCAUCUGCUUUCCCAUUUGUUCCACCAUUCAGCAUGCCUGGGUUGACAUUCUACCAGUCCAGCUUCUUGCUUUAUUCUGACAACCCAAGCAGACAGGGUCAUCUCAUGGGCUUGUACAUCGACCCUUUCCAGAACCAUGGUGUCUUGUGGGGACAAGAUUUACAGCCAAACCUCCACAUUACCAAGGAGGUCUGUACCAGUGGACAAAAAUGACUUUGAGAAUGUGAACAACCACCUCGGCUCAUAGGAGCAACGUAUCAGAGAUGUUAGAGGGUGAUGAACGUCCAGUGCUUAGAGGGCUUUAGUGUACAUGCUGUCAUGUCAAUUCUCAGUUAAUAUUUAUUUCUAAUAUUUGUAUUUAGUUUUAUUGCUCGUUGAAAUAAAGAUUUUGAAAGCCUAA